AUGCCGCCAAAAAUCAGACAGAGGGGCAAAAAGCCCUCGAAGCUUCGAAAGCUGCAGGAGGACGAGGCGGAGUCCAAACAAGAACAACCUGUGGCAUCCACCUCGAACCAGAUCCAGACUCAAGCCGACUACAUCGCCCUCGACAACACGACCACAGCGGCAGAUGCAAGCUCGCAGCAGCCUCAGCAAGAAGAUGGCCAGCCCAACUGGGUGCGCCUGGGCGAGCGAUCGAGCAAGGCCGAGCAUGAGGCUCCCUUUGGCUACGUCGAUGCCGAGCUCAAGGCGUAUCUGCGUGCGGGUUGGGAGCGUGCCACCGAGCUCGAAACGCAGGGCUACUCGGCCAAGUCGACUAUGACUGCGCUCGCCGCCGCCUCGUCCGGCGGUUCAGAUGCGACACAUCCGGCUGGCAAUGGCGACGAGGAGCAGGAAGAAGACGAGCUGGCGCUGCUGCUGCAGGCAACUCUCAAGGAGAUGGACGGCAAAGAGCUGCUCCUCUCGACCGACCCCGACACCUCGCUCAUCGUAGAGGCCAUCCUGCAUCGCCUGCCCGCCAAGCCCCUGCGCGUUUUCGUCGACCGCCUCGCAGGCAACUUUGCCGUGCUGUCCAAACACAGAUUCGCCAGCCACGUCGUUCAGGCAUGCCUGGCCACCUUGCAGCCUGCCGUCACGCUCGAACCCGCCACGCAGCAGCACCUUUCCCAGCACCAGCACCGAAACGGCUCUGCCACGAAUGGCAAGGCGGCUGCAUCGUCGGCAUUUGCCAGCGACACGGCGACCAUCGUCAACGAGGACGGCGUGCUGCGCUCCGCCACCCAGCUCAUCCUCGAUAUCGCCGAGGAGCUCGCGUCGGAUCAGGCUCAGCUGGCGGCGCUCGUUUCGGACGCGUUCGGAUCGCAUGUGCUCCGCUCGCUGCUGUGCGUGCUCAUGGGGCGCAACAUCCAGAUGGACACAUCGUCGUCGGCACACGCUGCAGCGGCGGCUGAUCUCCGAUCGCGCAGGAGCGCAAAGUUCCGCACGCGCAAGGCACCCACCUCGGUAGCGGGCAGUGGCGCAGAGGACCUGCUCGUGGUCAUUCCCGACCUGCUCUACACCCGUGCCGCCACGCUGCGCAGUGAAAUCCUCGGCGAAGCAGGCACGGACGUUGUGCGACGCUGGGCGGCGGAUGCCGUCGCGUCGCCGCUGCUGCAGCUGCUCAUCGACGCCGAGGUCGACGCACUCGGCGACGCCGCCGAUGAGGGCGAAUGGUCCGGCUCGCUCGUCGACCUCUUCCUGGGCGGGUUCGUCUCCAAGCCGCCCACGACAGGCGAGGGCGAGGCGGAGCGCGAUGCGUAUCUCGAGACGUCGCUGCGCGACAGUGUGGCGUCACACGCGCUGCAGCUGGCACUCGAGCGUGCACCUGCCGCUACCGCCGCGCGCUUCUUUGCGGUCUACAUCCACGGCCGUAUGGCCAAGCUGUGCAUCCAUCCUGCAGCGAACCACAUUGUGGCGGCGCUGCUGCGUCGGCUUUCGGCCGCCGAGCUUGCGCCCGCCAUCGCGGAAAUGGGCAAGGUCGCCACGGGCAUGGUCAAGGAGCAGAUGAUCGGGUGUCUGCAAGCUGCUGUGGAACGUGUCGGGCAGCUGUGCGAUCCUGCUGCGGCGGUGGAGGGAGACGGCGCGAGGGAGCUGGUCAAGGCGGUUUCGGGGGUCGUGUUGGGUGCGUUCAGGCUCAAGGCCAAGGCGGAGGGUGAGGAGGGGAUGGAGCUGUUGGUGCCUGCAGUGCUGGCACUCAAGACGCGCAAGGCGUAUCUGCACACAUUCGCAGCGCAUCUCAAGCACGAUGAGGCUGCCGACCAGGCGGGUAAGAAGCGCGGACGCGAUGGAAAGCCGCUGUCGAAGUCCAAGGCCAAGUCGAAAGCCAAGUACGCCAAGGUGCGCGAAGCGCAGGCGGAGUCGGACGAGGGGCAGGUGGCAUGGACCAUAGAUGCGGAGUACGAAGUGCCGCCGGCCGAAGCCACUGUUCAGGGCAGUCUGUUGCUGCAGUCACUGCUGCGACUUCCUGGACCCAGUGUACCGCCACGUGGGCCGGUCAAGCGGACCUUUGGUCGACCUACUGCUGCGGCACCGGUAGAGCGGGUCGAGGUGUUCGGUAGCGCGCUGGUGCUCGAAUCGUUACUUGCGCUGCCGACGCUUGCGCCGUUUGCGCGCAACCCGACGGCGGUACACACGCUCAUCGCCGCCCUCACACCGCCGACCACACCCGCCACCACCGGUCUGGAUGCGGCACAGGCGAAUCGACGCCGCAAACUCGGCGGUGCACUCGUGGCGCAGCUCGCGCACUUCUGCGGCGACAAGUACGGCAGCCGUCUGGCGGAUCAGCUCUGGUACACCUCCGACGGCUACUCGAAGGAAAAAAUCGCAAAGACGGUCGUGGAGAACUCGGACACGAUCCUGCGCGGCGCGUACGCGGGCUACUUUACCAACAAGCUCCAGCUGCAGCUCUUCCGAAAGGGCAAAAUGCGCGAAUGGACACAGGCCAUCCAAUCCCAACCACCUCCACGCAAGGAGGCACAGCAGACGGUGGUGGAGAAGCAGAGCCCCAUCGUGGUGGCGACGUCGAGGAAGGAUAAGAGCACCAAGCGCAAGAUCGACGGUCAACUCGAUGCCAUCCUCGACACGAUCUAG